GGGGCGCCCCGAGGGGAGGGGCCGGGCCGGCGUCGGUUCCCACGGCAACCGACUCCACAGUAAGGUCCCGCGGGCGUCCUGGCCGCCAUGUGCAGCGCAGUGGACCCUCGCAUCGUCCGGAGAUACCUACUCAGGCGGCAGCUCGGGCAAGGGGCCUAUGGCAUCGUGUGGAAGGCAGUGGACCGAAGGACUGGUGAGGUCGUGGCCAUCAAGAAAAUCUUUGAUGCUUUUAGGGAUAAGACAGAUGCCCAGAGAACAUUUCGGGAAAUCAUGCUCCUCCAGGUGAGUGGCCUGGGCCCUCCAGCCCAGUCCCCUUCCCCAGGUACAGCUCUCUCCAGACAAGAGAGAAACCCAGCUUCUUGGCCCCCAGAACACAGCCCCUCCUGGCCUUCCAGCCACCUCCAACUCUCUCCCCAGGAGUUUGGGGACCAUCCCAAUAUCAUCAGCCUCCUUGAUGUGAUCCGGGCAGAGAACGAUAGGGACAUUUACCUGGUGUUUGAGUUUAUGGACACUGACCUGAACGCAGUCAUCCGGAAGGGCGGGCUACUGCAGGACGUCCACCUGCGCUCCAUCUUCUACCAGCUUCUGCAGGCCACCCGGUUCCUCCACUCGGGGCACGUUGUGCACCGGGACCAGAAGCCGUCCAAUGUGCUCCUGGAUGCCAACUGCACGGUGAAGCUGUGUGACUUUGGUCUGGCCCGCUCCCUGGGCGACCUCCCUGAGGGGCCUGAAGACCAGGCCUUGACAGAGUACGUGGCCACACGCUGGUACCGGGCUCCAGAGGUGCUGCUGUCUUCACACCGGUACACCCUUGGGGUGGACAUGUGGAGUCUGGGCUGCAUCCUGGGGGAGAUGCUGCGGGGGAGGCCCCUGUUUCCGGGCACGUCCACCCUCCACCAGCUGGAGCUGAUCCUGGCGACCAUCCCACCACCAUCCAAGGAGGGCUGGGUGGCACACCCUGGCGAUGGGGUGUUUGAGCCCUGCCAGACAGCAGAAACCCUGUGGAGAGGCUGUGCUCCCUGGGGCUGGAAGAGACGGCUGGCCCCAGAUACCCUGAGCCACCCCAGUCUACCAGGCCUGCCUGGGUCACACCACCUUCUGCUGCCCCAGACCUCCUGGCUCUCGGCUCAGGCUGCCGUGCCUCUGUGCUGCACCGCCUGGGGUCCCGCCCACAGGCCACGACAGACGCUGGACGCCCUCCUACCGCCAGACACCUCCCCAGAGGCCUUGGACCUCCUCAGACGACUCCUGGUGUUCACCCCAGACAAGCGGUUAAGCGCCACCCAGGCACUGCAGCACCCCUACGUGCAGAGGUUCCACUGCCCCAGUGAUGAGUGGGCACGAAAGGUACAUGUGCAGCUCCGGGCACGCGAAGGGGUCCAGCUCUCUGCGCCUGAGUACCGCAGCUGCGUCUAUCAGAUGAUCCUGGAGUGCAAAGGCAGCAAUGGCACCUCAAGAGAGAAGGGCCUGAAGGGUGUCUCCCCGUCCCAGGCACACCUGCACAAACCCAGAGCUGACCCGCAGCUGCCUUCUGGGACACCUGUGCAGGGUCCCAGACCCAGGCCUCAGAGUAGCCCAAGCCAUGACCCCCCCGAGCACGAGCUCCCCCGUGCAGCCAAGAACACUCCCAGGCAGAACUCCGCUCCCAUGCUCCAACCUGCACUCCUAGGGAGUGGGGAAAGGCCCCCUGGGGCGAAGGAAGAGCCCCCCUUGACAUUCUUGCUGGAGAAGCCAGGCCGGAGGGGAGCUGCGCCUUCCCUGACCUCACAGGCUGCAGCUCAGGUGGCCAACCAGGCCCUGAUCCGGGGUGACUGGAACCAGGGUGGUGGGGUGAGGGUGGCCAGCACACAACAGGUCCCUCCCCGGAGUCCUCCGGAGGCCCGGCCCGGCCGGAGGAUGUUCAGCACCUCUGCCUUGCAGGGUGCCCAGGGGGCCGCCAGGGCUUUGCUUGGAGGCUACUCCCAAGCCUAUGGGACUGUCUGCCACUCGGCACUGGGCCACCUGCCCCUGCAGGAGAGGCACCGUGUAUGAGCUGCUCUACUCCCUUCACCUGGCCCCUGUUCCUGCCCCAGCCCCUUCCCCAGACCCCUCCCUGGUAUCCUGCACCCCUUAGCCCUCCCUGCUUUGCCAGGCCACGUUGAAGUUCCAGGGAGCUCGCCUGGGUCUCCUCGGGGGAGCAGAUGAGGGCCCUGCCCCAGCCCCAGUGACUUCCUCCAAUAAAGUCAUGUCUGCCCCCAA